AUGGACCAGCCGUUUUUAUACGGAGGAAACGUGUUGAAGAAACACGUCGGACAAAUGAGCGAAGGAAUAGAUCAGAACGCAGGAGUAGUAGUAAUGUCAAAAAAUAUACCACUGGGCUUCGGAAUAACGUCGAAGUCUACAGAAAACCUGAGGAACUCACUUCCAGAUGAUAUCGCAGUGAUCAACCAAGCGGACAUUGGCCAUUAUUUGAGGUACGAAGCUGAAAUAAUUUAA